AUGCAAAAUUCUCUUUCUUGUGUAAAAAGCAACCAAGAAACUUCGAGGUUAUGCCAACAAAAUGCUGAGAAGAAGAGUGCUAACGAUGGUGAAUCCAGUGGACAGCAAGAUGGGUUUCUUCUGCUUGGGAAGAGAAUAAAUAUCCCAAAGAAACCUCGUAAUAUACUGAUCAGACCGGUGACAGGGCAACGUUGGCAUGGCUCUGCAUGGAACUCAAAGAAACGUGAGAGAGAUGAUGAUGAGUCAUUGUCUCAGCCCAGAGGAAAAGGCUCGCUGGCUCGGUUCAAUGGUGCUAUAAAGACUAAUGUUCCAUCCAUUUGCACAGCAUACCGUUUCAACUUUGAAAACCAGAGAUCAGCUGACAAAUUCGAGAUUAAUCAAGUAUGGGCUAUUUACAGCCAUGACAAAGGGAUGAUGCCUAGAAAGUAUGUUCAGAUCAAGAGAAUCGACCCGAGUUCUGGAUUCAAGCUACACGUGGCACCUCUAGAGCUGUUUCGUCCCUUAAACAUCAUGACAACACAUCCUGUUUGCGGUGGCCACUUCAAGUUGAAAACCGGUGUAGCAGACGUCCUUGCACAUAGCAGCUUCUCGCACCAGGUCAAAGCCGUGAAGAUUGCUGCAAACAGAUACGAAGUGUAUCCAGGAGAAGGUGAGAUCUGGGCUCUUUACAAGAACUGGAAUGACAAAGAUUGUGCUGAGACUGAAGAGUUUGAUAUUGUGGAAGUUGUUGACACCCUCAAGAAGAGCAUUCACGUUGUGCCUUUGACUCCUAUAGUGAUUGACAAGCUUAUCUAUGGUAGGAGUCAAGAGACAAAGGCGGGCUUUUCAGACAUUCCAAAGACGGAAGCGAGUCGAUUCUUCUCGCACCAGAUUCCAGAAAGAAGUGCGACCUGGUUUGAAGAUGGUAAGCAUAAAUGGGAGCUUGACCCUAAAGCAGUUUCUUGA